AUGAAAGGAAACUUGAAGGAGAAAAACGUAGAGCUUAUGUCUCUUACUCAGCAGAUCCAAGACCUGGAAAAGGAGAGAGAACAGGUGCGAUCUCUGCAUGCAAGCCUUGAACACCUGAGGGCAGUUCUUAAGGACAGAGAGAAUGAGUGUGAUUCCCAAAGGGAUCAGUUAAGACUCUUGCAGCAGUACAAGGAACAGCAAGAGGGGCACCUGCAAGAGCUUCAUAGUAAAGUAGAAAAGAUGACACUUUCGUUGUCUAAAAAAGAUCAAGAGCUUGAAUCGCAACAAAAGCAAAUCCAGGAAGCUGAAGGAGUCAUGGAAAUGCAGUUAAGGACUGUCCGUGACCAACUGGAGCAGACGUUAGAAACCUUAAAAGAAAAGGACAGGCUCAUAGACAUCCUAAAGCAACAAACAUGGAGCUAUGAGGACAAAACAGAAGAACGGAUGAAUGUCUUACAUAGAGACUUAGAAUACACUAAGGCAAUACUGAAAGAAAAGGAUUUCAUGAUUGAAUCUCAGAAGCAGCUGAUUGAGACCUUCCAAAAACAAGAACAAGACUCUGAACAGCAGAAGGAAAUUCUGCAGCAUCUUCAAGUGGCACUAAGGGAACAAGAGCAAGAAAUUUUAUCCCUUAGAAAGCAAUGUGAGGCAUGCAAGGAAAAGGAGGAAAAGCAUGAAGCUGAGCAAACAGAUCUUCAGGCAACAAAACUGACUCUGAAAGAAAGAGAAGAAAAGAUAGAGGUUCUGGAGGAGGCUAUCUCUAAGCUUCAACAGCAAAAGGAGGAGGCAGCGACGCAGACUAAAGCCAUACUGCAAAAACUAGAAUAUGCUGAAUCUUCUCUACAAGCUACAGAUCAAGAGAGAGUGUCUUUGCAAGAGCAUGUCCAGGACCUUCGAGAGCAGGAGUUAGAAGGCAAGCAGGCGGAGAGCCUAGAGCAGGAUCUAGACAAAAUGAGCCAAAUAGUAAAGAACCAGCAUUUGGAGUUCCUCAGGCAAACAGAGCAAAUUAACAUGUUCCAGCUUCGUGAAGAAAGCAUGAAAGUAGCACUAAGGUCAUGCCAGAAGCAAGUGAAUUUGCUUGAGGAAGUGGUGAGGAAGAGAGAUGAAGACAAUGAAACUCUUAUGCAAAAACUCCAGCGCCAAGAAGAAGAACUGAAGACCUUGCAGAAUCUCCAGCUUAGGCUAACCGAGAAGAAUGAAGAGGUUACACACCACAGAGAGCAAGAGAAGCUCCUGGAAGAAGCCUCGCCUGAGAGGAAACGAGAGACCAAGGCUCAAGGUAAGCAAAAAGAGUUAGAAGAGGAAAUAAGAGGUCUUCGGGAAGAUCUCCAGCAUGUUCAGCAGACUCUGACAAAGAAGGAUGAAGAGAUCAAGUACCAGAGAGACAGAGUCAGGUAUUUAGAGGAGACUCUGACAGGGAGAGAACAAGAGCUUAGGAAGCAGAGUGAACUCCUGAAACAAUUAACAUCAGCUUUGCGAUGGAAAGAUGAAGGGGAGACCCUAAAGAAACAAAUCCAGAAACUCCAAAAAUGGGAGGAAGAGGAAGCAGAGAAGAGGAAAGUUCUCCAGGAGAGAGACCAUCUCUUGAAAAGGCAGGAGGAGCUAACCCAACAACUGGAAGAUGAGAGGAAGGCAAAGGGGGAAGAACUGGAGCGUGUGAUUGCUACUUUGAAGCAGAAUGAAAGCGGAGAAAUUGAAUGGAAAGAGAAGGCACAAGCACUGACUCUUGCCCUUACCAAGAGUGAAAUGGCCAAUGGGUCUCUGAGGGAAGAAAUAGCCAUCCUGCAGAGUAUGGUUUCAGAGAGGGACAAGGACCGGUUUCAUCUUCAG